GUUAAGAUUUAAUCUACAGCUUGUAGGUCAAUCAAAUUAAAAAAAAGAAACCCAUAGAAUAAAGCUUUUCAUUUGCAUAAAAUUCACUUUUUGCCCUAAUUACGGCGCAGAUUCGAAGAAUAUAAUAAUUUUGCGUAUUAACAUUAACAUUAUACUAUUUUCCGUAGCUUAUAUAUCUACCAAGCUUUUCCGUAAGCUCAGUUUCGAAAAGGAAGCCCUGAAAAGCCUCAGCAGACGCCUUUUUUAUUGACAGAGUUUUAAAACUAAAGUUACAACAUGAUGAACGAAUUAAGAUCUUUGGAGCAUGCUACGUUAAAGGUGCCAUAUGAAGUGUUCAACAAACGCUACCGCAAUGCCCAGCGGGUGCUGGAUGUUGAAGCGAGACAGGUUGGUGCUGCUGCUGGGGAGUUGGAGACUGCCGCCAAAGCUCCGAGCACCGCUGGAGAGAUCGAUGUGCUUCUAGGAGGCAUGGUGGAGAAACUCACAGCAAUGAAGCGUAAGGCAUCUGAAGCCAUCAGCGAGGAGUUGCAGGUGGCACUAGUGUGCAAGAAGAGGCUGGAGCAUAUCAAGGAGCAGGCUGUCUCGCUCAACGAGCCGAGCACGCCGCAAGUGCGAACGACAGUGAACCAAUGGCGCCGCACCCGCUUGGAGCGCAUGCUGGUGGACUACUGCCUCCGCAGCGGCUACUACGACGCCGCGGCCAAGCUGGCCGACGCGCGCGACCUGCGCGACCUUACCAACGUCGAUAUCUACUGCGCCGCGGCUGAAGUGGAGGCCGAGCUAAGGAAUCGUCGUACCGCACGAGUUCUGCAAUGGUGCGCCGACAAUAAGUCUAAACUGCGCAAACUCGGCUCCACCAUCGAGUUCAAGAUACGGCUGCAGGAGUUCAUAGAGCUCGUACGCGCCGACCGGCGCUUGGAAGCCGUGAAAUACGCUAAGAAGCACCUCUCCCAGUACGAAGAAGAGCAACUCCAGGACAUACAACAUUGUAUGGGCAUGCUGGCGUUCCCCAAGGAUACAGAGGUGGAGCCGUACCGCUCGCUGCUGUGCCCCGGGCGCUGGGCGGCGCUGGAGCGGCAGUUCCGCGGCGAGCACGCGCGCCUGCUGCACCCCGCGCGCCUGCCCGCGCUGCCCGUGGCGCUGCAGCUCGGCCUGCACGCGCUCAACACGCCUCAGUGCUACAACGAGGCCACGAAGGUGGCGGCGUGCCCCGCGUGCGCGCCGCCGCUGAACGCGCUGGCGCGGCAGCUGCCGCACGCGCACGUGUCGCACUCGCGCCUCGUGUGCCGCCUCAGCCGCCAGCCGCUCAACGAGCACAACCAGCCCAUGGCGCUGCCCAACGGACAGGUCUACGGCGAGAGGGCUCUCCGCGAGAUGAUGGACGAGCACGGCACCAUCGUGUGCCCGAAGACCAACGAGGUGUUCUGCAUGAAGCGCGUCGAGAAAGUCUACGUCAUGUGA